CGGCUCUGGGGUUCCGUGUGGAAAGGAGUGCGAGGGGGUUCGGGUGCAAAGUUUAGUUUCAAACCGUCUGCAAAGAACGGCGGUGCCGCUGCCUGCUGAUCCUCAUUCGAACGCGGCGGCAGACGGAGGCGGCGGCCGAGGAGAGCGGAAGCAAAGAAGCCGAGGCGUCGACAGCCUGAAGCGGCCGAGGCGCAGUCGAAGAGCCGCCGGCUGCCGCUCCAUCACCUCCCUCGGCUACAGCGGCGGCUUCCUGGGCGCCGCCUGGUUCCUGCCGGGUCUCCUCCGUCUCGGCUGAGGAUGGGCGCGGAGCCUCCGGUCCGGCGCCGGUAUGGGUGCCGCCGGGCGCGCCUGAUGUGCAUGCUGGCGCUGACCUUCCUGUUCUUCGUGGUGGAGGUGGCGGUGAGCCGGCUGACGGACUCGCUGGCCAUGCUGUCGGACUCCUUCCACAUGCUGUCGGACGUGAUGGCGCUGGUGGUAGCGCUGGUGGCCGUGCGCUUCGCGGAGCGCACCCGCGCCACCAAGAAGAACACCUUCGGCUGGGUGCGCGCCGAGGUGAUGGGCGCGCUGGUCAACGCCGUCUUCCUGACGGCGCUCUGCUUCACCAUCCUGCUCGAGGCCGUCGAGCGCUUUACCGAGCCCAACGAGAUCAGCCAGCCCUGGGUGGUCAUCGGCGUCGGCGCCGCAGGGCUCCUCGUCAACGUCCUGGGGCUCUGCCUCUUCCACCAGCACGGCGGUGGCGGAGGCGGCCACGGGCAUUCGCACGGGGGACGAGGAGGGGGCCAACGAGGCCGGAGCAAGGCAGAGCAGCCUCUCGGAGACCGGCAGAAAGAGGAGGAGACCAACACCCUGGUGGACAAUUUCGGCAGCUUCAAUGGAGUCAGCCUGGAGAAGCUAGGUGAUGGGGCAAAAGAGAAUCAAAUGGAACUUCAGCCAAAUGGGAAUAUUGAUAAUGACACCUCUCUGGACAUAGAAGCGGACGAAGAUACUAGUGGUCAACUCAAUAUGCGUGGAGUUUUUCUUCAUGUUCUUGGAGAUGCCCUGGGCUCAGUUAUUGUUGUGGUGAAUGCUUUAAUAUUUUACGCUUACUGGACUCCUUGCCCUAAGGAUGGGCCUUGUAUUAACCCAUGUAUCACUGACGAAUGUGCAGAAAACAUUACUCAGUUGUCUAGUAGACUGAAUGAAACUCAGAUAUGGAACAUUCCUGUAGCUGGUCCCUGCUGGGUUCUAUACUUAGAUCCUGCAUUGUGUCUCAUAAUGGUUUGCAUUCUGCUCUAUACAACUUACCCACUUCUUAAAGAAUCCGCCCUUAUCCUUUUGCAAACUGUUCCGAAACAAAUUGAUAUUCGUUCUUUAGAUGCGAAACUCCGCAAACUGGAAGAAGUUGAAGCUGUCCAUGACUUGCAUGUUUGGCAGCUGGCAGGAAGCAAGAUCAUUGGCACUGCUCACAUUAAAUUUAAGGACCCAGAAACGUACCUGAAAGUUGCAAAGGAUAUUAAAGAGGUAUUUCAUAAUGAAGGGAUACACGCAACAACCAUACAGCCUGAGUUUACUAUUGGAGAGGCUGUAACCAAAUGUGAACUUCCCUGCAGAACCCAGUGUGCUCCGAAGCAGUGUUGUGGAACUACGGAAAAGACUACUGCAAAGAAGACCGACAAGUCCCCUUCCGUUUCUAUUUCUUUCUCUGAAAUAGCCACUGACUCUUCACAACACAAAACCAGGAGGACUAAAUCAGAGUGUUUGUCUGCUGUAAAGCUUGGGGAAGAUCCUAACAAACAGUUUGAAUCGUCUUUGUAAUUCCCAAAGUUGUGCUGAGUGAAGUCUGGAUUCAACCACAGGUUGAUUUUGAGAAGACUACCAUUAAAGAGACAAGUUGCAAAGUAUUGUAAUUGUUGAAGUCCCUGUUCUGGUCACAAUACUUAAAUCUAGGCUGCCUGUUUGAAAGGAUAUAAUUGUGCCGUCCCAACACAAUAUGUGCUUGUGUUAACUUUUAGUUGAAUUGCACCGAAAAGUUUACCGAUGCUUCAACAACUCUGGAGAACCAGUAUCAACAUUUCUGCCAAGAUGCUGCUUUUUUUUUUUGAUUAAAAAUUAAAAUUGAGUUCUUCAGCAACCCAUUUCUCCAUUUGGAAAUCAGUAUGUGUUAGAGAAAUCCAGGAAGAAGCCUUUCUGCUUAUUGUGUGUGUGAAUGUGAAUGUUUUACAAACCAUAAAGAAAGGAAGCCAAAGUUGGCAGAAUUAUUUUUUUAAGGUAGACUAUUUGAGGAAUUUCCCCCCUUAUAUAUGAAAAAGUGAACCCUAUUUCAUGUAGGUUAUACUCCAUAGUAUUAGUAGUAGCAUCUUAAAACAUAUCUAGUACUGGUUGAUUAAAAAAACAAACCCUGUUUUUGUGUUGUACUGGGGGCCUAAUGAAAAAUGGCUGCUUUGAAAAUAGGAUUUGUAAAAGAUAUGCAUAUCCACAUGACUGUAAGGAUAACUUUUAAUACAGAAAUUUACCAGUCCUUUUAAAGGCAUCUCAGUUUGUGCAUUCCCCAGUUGUAUAGGUUUAAGAAUUUUUUAAGAACACCUUUCUUUCAAGAAAAUUUAUGCCAGAACUAGAAACAACUGAUAUUUGUCAUUGCAGUGUCAUCUAUGGCUUGCCGAAAUGGAAGGGUUAAUAUUGUCUGGAUUACAUCUAGUUUUGAGUUAAAAUAAUGUUUUUUACUUUUUUAAAAAAACCACAGAAUUUAGCAGUUUAUAAACAUUAAUAUGUUCUCAUUUGAUGUAUUUCAUGAUGAGCCAUUUUACCCAGUGUGCAGCUGAAAUGCAUUAUUUUUAACACGAUACAGGCAGCUGCUUCAUGAAGCAACUGCUGCUUCAAAUCAAUCAAUCUCAACCUGGUGCCUUCUAGAUGUUUUGAACUGCAACUCCCCUCUGCUCCAACAUGGCAGUGGCCCAGGGGUGAUGAGUUUUAGUCCUAAACCACCAGGAGGGUAUCAGGUUGAAGAAGGAUGUGGCACACCUUGGCUAAUUGUGACAUGAGUGAGCUUUUAGAUCCAGCAGUAAAGAAACCAGAAGCUUUCACAUUCACUUUUGAUCAAUUGCAGCUGUUCAGUUCAUCCAAACAACAUAAUAAUUAAAUAAGAUUUGGUUGAAACAAAUCAACUUCAAACUAUGGGUUAUGAAGCAGGCUUGUUUCAACAAACCAUAGUUUAUCAACCGUUUAGGUUUUGGAUAUAAUGGUGAAUUAUGCUCAAUUGCAGCUAAUAAAACAAAAACAAAACCGGAAGUGAAAGCUUCUGACCUCCUUGUGGCCAUACAGAGGAGCAGCAGGAGCUUGAGACUUUUGGGGCCUUCUUCCUAUCAAUAAACCAUGGUUUAUUGUGACAUUUGAACUCCUCCACCAGUCAAUUCUCAUAACCUGGAACACAUUUUGUGUAGUGAAGGCAUGUGUUGGAGUAAAUUCUAGCCUACUUCAAACUUUUAUGCUCUUUGGUUAUGAGGAGCAGUUACUGCUACCUGUUCAGAAAUGGAAUUGCUGCACAAAUUUUUGGAUUGCAGUUAAGCCACUUGGCUAAUCCUCUUAAAAUCGCCACCUUAGUUCUAUUGAAGUUGCAGAGGCUAAUCUUAUGUUGAAUGCAAGGAUGCUAGCUAAUAGAUUUCUGGAUCUCAACUAGCCUUUACCUGUUCUUGAUCAAUUAAAAAUAGAGCUGAUUCUUAAAUCAGAGGUGGCAUUAAGGCUGACUAUUUCUAAAGCAUUUUUAAGAGCCCUUAUUGGAAGUCUUUAUGGGAUUGCAAAAUUUCCUUACAUAUUUUAGUUAUUCCAACAGAUGAUUUACAAGAAGAAAAGAGGACAGUUGAGGUCUUCCUUAUGCAUUGCUACUUUACCUCUUUGAUAAGUGGAGGUGGGGUGGGUCAGUGUAAUUUGCAUUGUUUAAAUGCAGGCUCUUUUAUUAUAUGGCUAUUUAGGUUUAUUCUCCAACUUAAAAAAUUGUAAGUCACCAAUUUGUUAUUCUUGGCAUGGAAUCACAAACAAAGCAAGUGAUCAGUGGCUUCCACUCUGCACCCCCUACUCAGCAGUGUUGCAGUCAAACCUCAUUUUUUCCAGAAAAAAAAUAUUCUGUUAACGAGCUGUAAAGUGUUGGAAAGAUGUAUUUGUAAAAUGAUCAAAUGCAUCUACCUUUGCCUUCUGGGCUCUUUGUUAUAAAGGCCACUUUUUAGUUAAUACUCCCAAGUUUGUCCCCCACAUAUUAUUGCACGCAUGUAAAAACUGCUGUACAUUUCUCAUGGAGCUGUAUUUUAAUAAGAUUUUUUCAGCUGCUUUUCUUUCACGUUGACAUGGCUAGAUUGGUAUAGCUGGGAAUGGGCAGGCAUAUAUUGAUGGACAGGCAGAAAAACUACAAUAAUAUUGUAAAUUCUGGGUCUUGAAGCCAAGGUUUCCUAUCUUUUUAGUGCUAGAAGUAUGAGCUUGCUCACUCUCUGUCUCCCACUCCCUCCCCUCCCUCUUUUAAAAAUGUGUCUGGCCUAUAUCCCACAUAGUAAACAUUCUAGUUCAAGAGAGUCUCACUUUUAACCUCAUCUGUCCCCUGAUGGGCCAUUUUUUUAAAAUCUGGGUUAGUAUACUUUGCAAUAUGGUAAUAGCUUUUUUCAAAGACUGCUGCGUCUCUCUAAAGCACGAACUUUGACUCUCAUAUUGAGUUUGCACUGCAGUGGUAAGGGAGAAAAGCAGCUAAUUGUGUACCAGGUGUGGUCCUGAUUAUUACUAUUACUAUUAUUAUUAUUAUGCAAUAGCUUGGCUUUUACAACAGAAUAUGUUGUGUUCAUCUCUGCUUUUGCAGGUAAGGUUUCCGGUAUGUCAGCUGUCUUAGGUACAUUUGGAAGAAAAUGGAACAGCUGGAGUACCUCCAAACUACAGGAGGCAAUUUUUUGUACUUGAUUGCAUAUGAAAAUAUUGAAGCCAGUUUUGCAAAUUCUUGUAUAAGGUAGUAUUUUUCUCCUCAAUGCUAGUGGUGUUAAGGCUGUUCCAUGUAGAUAAAAGUAAUUAACACACACUGCUCAGGACGUGCAUUUGUGGUGAAGUGGCUAUGCAAGUUUAUUCUGCUGAAGUUUUGCAGCGAAAACUAAGCAUAGCAUAGCAUAUUGUAAUGAACAGAGUGCUAAGCCACCUCUCAUUACAUGUUUCAUUGUGAAAACACACUGUUGUAUUCACUGCCUGUUAAUAUAUGAAGCUGCUCAAAGAGAUUUGAAAUGAUUGAACACUUAGGGUCUGUUUGCUGCAUCACAAAAAUAUUUGUAGAACCAGCCUCUAAUACAAAGGGUGGUAUUCAGCCUUUUACUCAAGAGCAGCCCUGUGGAAAUUAAAGGACAUAACUUAGUAAUGCCCACUAAUUUCAGUGGGACUAUUCUGAGCAAAACGUCGUUGAAUACUACCCAAAUAAAUUACCUUUACGAAACAAAAUUGAGUGUUUAACAGUGGCACCUAAAGUUCUGGAGAAUGUUUCAAAACCACUUAAAGUGCUGGAAGCAAGUAGUGCUGAAGAUGUCUUUGUUAUGUUAUAAAAUCUGCUUUCCCCCUCUCUCCCAGCCUCUGAGCACCUCUAACUCUUGCUGUAUGCAGAUGAAGUUUCUGUUCAGAGUCUCAUUUAAGAGCACUGAGAGCAGCUCUGGCACUGACUCCACUGAGAUAAUGGGAAACUAUUUAGACUAGAAUGCACUUUCUGACUUUUCUCAUUGAUGGGGCGGGGAACUACCUUUAACACUGCAUCCUCUGCUUUUUGACUUUUUAAGUUUCUCGUGAAAGGAGUAUUAUGUAUUUAAGGGUAUUAAGUACAAUAUUUAAAUAUGCUGCUUUAAUUUCAUAACAGCAUCGAUGUAGCCUUCUGGGACUCUGGCUUAUGUUUACAAAACAAUGAUUGAAUAUUACAGUAAAUAUUCUAUUUUGGUUCUAUCUUGCACCAUUGCUUCACCUCUUGGUGGACUGAAAGGUACUAUAAUGCUUCAUGUGCCUGAAAUAAGAACAUAUUUGACAGACUUUUUUCUUUUGUAAGCCAAAUGCAGCCUUACUUAUAACAGGAGCUUUCAUACCUCUGUGAUCCUGGGUUUGUCAUUAAAAUGCCUGUGUGAAGAACACUUCCAUGUCUUACAAAUGUGUGAGUCUGAUUUCCCCCCCUCCCCCACUUGCGCUCUCUCUGUGUUAAGUGUUCUUGAGCUUAGUCUCCAAACCCUUAUGCUCAGUGGUAGCUAGAGGGGCAUCUCUUAAAUUCUAUGGGUCAUAUUUGAAACCAAUGCUUCGGAGACAUAAUUGGCAUAUCUGUAUCUCGUGACAUCAUGCCAGUGACAACGGGCUUCUGCUAAACCAGUUAUGACUGUGUUUCCUUGCAUAAAACCUGAAAACUGAAAAGGAAAUAAAUGUUGCUGUAUAAAACAUGAAA